AUGCCCAUUAAAACAAAAUCACAGAUGCUUUCAGUUUCAACUCAAAUGCAGUGGUCAAGAGAAGAGUCUAAAGUGUCUGAUCUUUGUAAAAUGUAUGGAGACCAAGCCAAUAAGCUCGUAGCAGAUGCAAAGAGGUUUUCAAAUUUGCCCAGUGUCCCUAUAUAUCAAGCUGAGUUAGUCAAAGACAUAGUAAAGGAGAUUAAUGAUUUGAACCGAGAUGCCGAAUACUUGUCAACAGUUGGAGACAACCUCAGAGAUAACCAGGACGAGGGAAGCCCUACCCAGAAGGAAGAAGACUACAAGAUUAACCAAUGUCAGACGUUUGUGACCCAUUUAUCUAUGAGGAGGAAUAAGCGAUGCCUAUUAGCAUACGAAAAGUUACGAAGUGAUAAGCUCAUUGAAUUUGCGUGGUUGAACAUCGAUCCAGCAGAGUCAGUGGACCAGUCUGCCUCAUCAACAACUGGCACAUCAUCCUCGAGCACGGCGUCUUUGCCAAACAGUAGGGCCCUUCUUCCACAAUCGAAAACCAUCCCCAAUUACACUACACAACUCGAUUUGAAUAACUUGAACCAUUUUGAGCAAGAUUUCUACAAAAACUAUCAAAAUCUAAUAACUAAUUACAAACUGAAGUUUGGUGAAUAUUUGGACUUGACGGGUGAUUUGGAGCCACCAACCGAUAUUUUCAUUGAUGUGAGAUGUUUGAAAGAUGGUGGGGAUGUCACGACUGAAUAUGGAUCAUUCAACUUGAUCAAAGACUCACAGUUUUAUGUCAGGAAAAGUGACGUUGAAAGGUUGAUUCAACAAGGAUAUUUAGAAGAAUUAUAG